AUUCGAUAUUAUUCUUCAGCAUACCCCUUCCUUCUGUCUCAUAUCCCGUCACUCCAAAUUGAUUUGAGAAUAAAAGCUAACAGCUUGAACCCCUCAGAUGAUGGAGAAUACCCUCAGUACAAUCCUUACCCCCCGCCCGCGCCGACCUACCCCCCGGUCAGCGAGCAUGGACAACAACGGCUAGCCAGGCAGCUUGACCAAUAUCGAACAGGAUAUACCGCUCAUUUUCCACCGUAUAUGGAAAGAGCAUCUGCCGCUUCUCAUUCUCAUAGACGAUUCAGGCCUUAUCCUGCCCAUGAUCACCAUCAUCACCCUGAUGUGUCGUCUUCCUCACCGCCAAGUCCACUCAAGCGUUCUCCACCCACAAAGUCCAAAUCUUAUGAGCCCACAAGGCCGUCGGCGCUGUACCAGCCUUCCAAAGGGGCACGCAGAGACGCCAAAUAUUCUCAGCGGAUGCAUCUACACCCUCAACAGCGAAAAAGCUCUAACAAUGAUGGCCUUGCUCCAGCGGCCGUCAGCAGCAGACGUUCCUAUGACGCGGCAGCAGCAGCUUCCCGCCGCAGGAUGCCUGGACCCUUGAUGACUAUCGAGCCAUUGACUGGGGCUAGCAUGCGAGCACGAUAUCCAAGCUCCAUCUCCCCGGAGGAGCAAGAGAGACUCCGGGCCGAGCAGUCCGCUGCGAUCAUGCGCGUGCGACAAAUGAGAGCACAUCAGGACAUGGAGAAGCGGCGAAGGAAGGAAGACUUACGAGAGACAGAUCAAAAAAAGACAAGGAUGAUACAACUUCAAGUAUUCGUACACGCCAGGCCAACAAGAUGCGCGUGGUCUGACUGUGAAGCUGAGCUCAACUCUUGGGCUCUGCUCGAAAAGCAUGUUCACCAUGCACACUUGAAACACAGCCUCCACAAAGUGGGAGACGUUCAAUGUCAAUGGUACCAGUGUGAUAAUACUUUCAGAACACAAGAAGAAUGUUAUCGCCAUGUGUUGGUGGUGCAUAUGAGGCACUUUUCAGCUAGAUGCCCUUUGUUUCAGUGCGAUUUUGUUGGAGAGAAUUUCUCUCACCUUGUAGAUCAUAUCGAGUCUGUACACCCUUCUGCUACUCCGGACGACUUCAUUCCAGGUCUUAUUCACUUUCGUCCAUCUUCUGCCUCUCUCUCGAAGGCUUUCGCAGAUGUGCCCACUCUCCCAGAGCAUGCUCCUCUCCCGGACAUUAUAUCCAUGACAGCCGAGUCUUAUACAGGAGGAAUUGGCAAUCGGACAAAACGAAAAGUAGCUUCCAGAUGCUGCUCCGAGAAAUGUCCAAAGAUGUUGCCCGGUCAAAGCGCUGAAGCGAAGAAGGGGAAGGCCACCCGCAUCAUGACGUUAGUCGUAGAGAGGGCAAGGCGACGAAGAUUAUCAGACGAUAGUUCGGAUACCAGAUUGGAAGUAGACCCUGUCUCCAGACCCGAGGAAGAUAUCAAACUGCAAGAGGACGGCAAUGACGCCCAGGGCAACAAGUCAGAGAUCUUGGAGCACGAAGGGGCGCCAAUUGGCAUCGAGGAAGCGCUCAAGAGUGCUAGUGAAUUCCCUCAGACUCGACCAUUGAUCGUUUCUGCUCAUAGCGACGGGGACACUGUCAGUACUUCACCUUCUUCAACAGCCAGCUCUUGUCCCCCGAUGCUGGAGAGAGAGCUGAAAAUAGUGGGCUCAAGAUAAGACUGGCUUGCGCUUCAUCGCCCGGAC